AUCGCUACAUCGAUCAUGGCCACCUGUGGUCUCCUCUACCAUGAAGGAGCCAAGAUCAUCAUCGGGCGUGGGAUCACUCUCAAAGGACCAGAAGAGAGGGCAUCGUCCCUUUUGCGCUUCCUGGCAGCCGAGGAUCUAUCCCGAUGCUCCUACGUGCGCGCACUCUCUAUCGAAAUCGAAACAAUACCCGAGUCGGUUGCCGAAGGCCUGAUACCCAUCUUGCCGCGCAUGAGCUCUUUGGAGUUUCUCUCUGCGACUCCAGAGAAGAUGCUAGAGCCGUACCCGGAUCUCUUUCAGGCCUUCGCUGCUAUCCGAUCUCUCAGACGGCUCGAGGUGAUAGGUGUGGGGGAGCACUCUAUCCGGCUAAUCCAAGCCCUCCAAUCCAAGCUCGUCUCAGCGGUGCUGUACUUCAGUUAUGACACCCAUCUACGGAACACAUCUCACCCAAUCCAGAUGCUAGAGGGGUCUGCCUCUACGCUUGAGCAACUGACAUGUGGCGGAUUCGUCGAUAUCAGCGCGGAGCCACAGCUCAUGGCUCUCACGACCACCACAGCUUCGAAAAUCACCUAUCCCAAGAUGCGAUCCCUCGCUCUAGUCAACAAUUUAGUACCCCACCCUAUUCCCUACAUCAGAUCAUUUCCCAAUCUCACGCAUCUCAGCAUCAAGAGCCUUCACACCGUUCCUCUGGACGACGCUCUCGGAGACCUCGUCCACAUCAGACGCCGUUUGAAUCUUAUCAUGCAAGAACAAGACGAGGAUGGAGACGCGCGCAGCUGGGAUCACCUAGAGCACUUUUUCGGUCGCCUCGUCGAUCUCUGGGCCCUUGGCCUUACGUGUCAGAUCCACAUCCUCUCACUCGAAGACAGGCCAGGACGGCGGGUACCCAGCGCGCUCGCUGACGUACUGCGAUAUGCACGGCCCUCAGAGCUCCAGUUGUCCUUCUACGGAGGCUCCUUACAAGGUGUCAUUGCAGCAGACUUCCUGAUGAAUGUUGACUUGAUGGCGGAGGACCGCGACGUUGAUGCAGCUCGUAUCUUGGCAAAUUUCGAGACUGCUAUUGCAGGCUUACAGAUCCAACAACUCAAGCUCUGGGUGGCCGAUAUCGCCCUAUCAGACUCUGAGGAGACCCCAGGCAGGUUCACCUCGGAAGUGGCGGAGCAUGACGCCGAUACCCUCACCCCAUCAGGCACGUAUAUGGAAGCCUCCAGUUUAGACGGGACGGCGCGCUUAUGUGCUUGCGUAGGCUCAGUAACUCACGCAUCGCUCUGCAUGGCGGAACGCACGCUGGCUGCUUUCGACGUCGAAGCAUACACCCAUCGACUCGUAUCUGCUGCACCUGCGAUCAAGAACAUGGUGAUAUCGAUCGAAACGCCACGCCGGUGCGGUGGAGACAAUAGGUUUGCUGUGUUUGGCAUAGAACACGGGCCAGCUCCUACGUGGCAUACCGAAGGCAAGAUUGUGUACCAGAGAGUAAGCGCAGCGAAGUGGGUGGAGAUCAUGAGGGAUAGGGCCAUGUUGUCGUUGAUGUCUGGACAUCGACAAGCGGCAUAG